GAAAUUUUAAUAUUUAGUGUUUUUAAUUAUGGAUAAAUUUUACUUUUAGGAAGGAAAGAUCAGAAAGUAUUCAUUCAAGUGAUAUUUUAAGCUUUCUCGAAGAAGAUGAAUUAAAAGAUGAACGAGAAGAUGAAAUAACUCAAGGGAUUAAUGAAGCUGUUCAAAAAUAAUCAAAAUGCUCUUAUAGAAGCUCCUAAUGGUACUCAGAGAGUAGAAAGAAUUCUCAAACCUAUACAAGAGUGGAUUUCUUCUCAAGAGACUUUAAAGAAGCUUGGGAUUAAGAAAAUGUCUAAAAUUGGAGUCAAGGCUAAUGGAACAAUCCAGAUUGAUCCAAUCCCUGAAGAACCUGAAAAAGAGCUUGAGAUUGUUGAGUUGCAGCCCUACAUCUUUGUUCACCAUCAAGAUAUUUGUAAAUAUCCUGAAAGUUUUAGUUCCUUCUGGUUGGCACAUUCAUUGUAUGAAAAUACAAUUUUCAUACUCUCUGAGCCACAAGCUUUUAUUCCAAUGUGUGAAGAGACUAGUUCUCCAAGUGUAUCUCUCAUGCUCCUCCAAAAAUGUUUGGUUGAGAUAAGAUCUCUCAAGUCGAAUAAGCCAAGUAAGAGAAAGAGAAAGACACUGGCUAAUGAGGAAAAUCCUGAUGUUACUAAAUUAAAGAAGCUUAUAAGCGCAUUCAAGGGAUGCAUUAUUAAUGAACAGGAUUGGGAGGGAGACGGACUAUGGAAAGGAAGUAAAAUCUCUGAUUUUAAAGCAAUUUUUGGGAUGAUCACAAGCGAAAUUCAGCAUGCAGAGAAAGAAGAUUUGCUUGUCCAGAAUAAGCUCAUUAAAGAGUCCCCAAGUUCAAGAAAACUUGAGAAAAAUCCUAAGAAUCCAACAGAGUACUUCCAAUCGUUAUCUCUUAACGUAUGGUCACAGAUUUCUCCAUCAAACUGUCAAAACUGGCUGGAUGUAUUAGAAAGAGUGAUAUCAAAUUUUCCAUCAAGAUCAGACCCACCUAAAAAUCUUUUACAGUUACGCCACUUUUUGCUCACGAUGAAAUUCACACCAGAAAGAGCACAGAGAUACUAUUACUCAGUAAAUUCAUUGUCCAAACUCUAGGGUAAAAUUUACCAGUGAAUGCUGUAAACCAGCUAAAGUGCUCUUCAAGGCUUCCCAAAUGCUCGUUUAGAAGGCAGACUCACAUAUUCAUGAAAUCGUCCUAAAGACUUCUACUUUUGCCUUUGUAUUUAUAUUAUAUAGCUUUGGUGCCGAAAAAUGAUAGACUACAAAAGAGAGAUCCCCAGAAAGAUACACUUCAGUUGAUAGCUUUUAGCCCAAA